CGCACACACAAGACAGAGAGCGAGAGAGAGAGAGAGAGAGAGAGACAUAAGGAAGUGGAGUUACGUUGACUGAGUCUCGACGUCUUGGGGCCUGAUCUCUGCGCAACAGAACCACAGGAAAAUGUUGCGCACUCUGGACAAGAGGCGCUGACAAUGUGCGCUGAUUUCCCCGCAGGAUCCUCAGAGUUGUAGAGUUUUACUGUGGGACAGCAUGUCCACACUCACGAUCACAGAGUGUCUGCUCCUUCUAUUCUUCACAGGCAUCGUCACCACUGUGUCAGGGCUCCAAAAGCUGACCAUCACCCCUGACCGAGGCACCACCUUCAACAUCACCAGUACCCAGGUCAAAGGUUGUAAGGUGUGCACGGGGGCAGGACGGUCCAGAAGAUGUGAUGCAUCUCUGCUGUUAAAAGACAACACUCCUGUGUCAGUGGAGUUUGAGUGCACCAGACCUCAAGAUGCGUUAAGGGUCGAAAUUAGCCGCAGUAUAGAAUGUACUACAAAGACGUGCACUGGCCACAUCAUCCAGGCCGACUACGGAUCACUUCCACUAUUGGAUUUCAACCGCAAGUUCACUUGGAACCUGAAGGCAGCGUCGCCAAAAGCAUUAAAAAUAGACUUCGGCGGCACAGGUCUGAUACAGAUUAAUCCGUCCGAGAGCUGUCCGGACAGACACAGCUACUCCCUCCAGGCCCUCCAGACUACAGGGAGCGUGGCCGUAGGGAAAUACUGCAGAGCGGGCGUUAUCAGCAGCGCUCAGAUACUGAAUCUGGGAAGCUUUUCUCUGGAGGUCCCAGGAGGGCAGAAGCUGCAAAAUGUCCAGUUUGAUGUGUCUGUCGGGGAGGAAAUCAAAUCCCUCUCCAAAAUUUCUCUGAAGUUACCAAAGGGGACCUCAUCCUCCGUGCUGCUCUCUCCAAACUACCCGGACAGCUUUCCUGACGACGAUGUGAUGGAGUGGUACUUUCACGUCCCGGAUCAACACAAGACGGCCAUUAGGUUCUUUAACCUCACACAGCCCAGUUGUCUGAAGAAGGAGACGGCGGUGGAGUACCACAACAAAGGGAGAGGGGCGCAGGUGCAGAGUCUGAACGAUCCCCAUGUGGAAGAGACAGGGGGGGACUUCUCCAUGACACUGAGGAACUGUGAGAUGGACAGAAGACGAGCUGGUUCUCCUGGACUCAGCCUAAAAGUCCAGGUGUCCACUUCAAGUGCAAGAUCAUCAGUUUUGUGCAAAGUGGACCUGAGCAAAGCAGAGGGCCUCUUUCUUUACAUUGAGAAGCUGAGACCGACUUCUGCCUGUGAGAUGAAAAUCAACUCCGUGACCAAUGACAAGAUCACGGUCAAGUCAAACAGUGAGCUGUCGUUCCAGGACUGCGCUCCUGAGGACGUACAGGUCACCGCCAUGAAAGUUAUAGGGUGUCGUCAACUCCGAGACUGUCCAACGACUGCAGUGCGCCUCUCGUUGCCUUCGCUGCCAAACUGCCUCCCCGCCCCUGUGAGCAGCGUGACCUGGCAUCUCCGUCCCCCCACUAACGGCACCGUGGAGCUGACCUCCCCUGCCGGCCCCCUCAGACAGUCCCUGCCUGGGCACCCGUGCAACGACAGCCUCAUCAUCAAAGUGGCCGAAGACGACGGCACCAAUAUCGGACACUUCUGUCCUCAGGGAUCCAUACAGAAGAUCCAGAUCCACACCAACAUGUCUGUCACUGCGUCCAGCAUGGGGAGGCAGGCACUGAAGACAUGUUACAGGAACGUGCUGGACGCCUCUUUUAAAAAGGAGAUAGCAGAAAGAUACAUCUUCACUGUAUCUUUGAAGAGAAACACCACCGUCCUCUUGGCCACUCCAGGUUGGCCGAUGGGAAUGAAGUCUUACGCCACUGUCUCCUGGAUCGUCUCCGUGCCACCGAAGAUGGAGGCGCACCUGAUGUUUGCUAACCUCAGCCAGCCCAAGUGCAGCAACCACCACACGAACAUCAAGGUGCAAAUGUCCGGCUGUCGUGAGGAGGUGUACAGCCGCAGGGAAGACGAGGAGGCUGAGCAAGAGAUCGUCGUCUCUGAGAACUUCUAUCUCAACAUGUCCAACUGCCAGCCUGAGAGAAAUGGCUUCAGCGUCAUCACCAAGAUCACACUGCAGGAGUCCAAGAACCUUCUGCUGACCAUCAUCCUGAGUGUGGUGGCUGCUCUCUUGGUCAUUUUCAUCAUUGUGCUGGUAGUCGUUUGUGUGGUGAUUAGGAAGAAGAAGAAGCUGCUGAAUCAUCAGGUUUCCAUCUACAAUCCUAAUGGCACCGUCUUCCUGCCCGGACACAACAACUUCCCCAAAUCGCGUGAAGACAACGAGUCCCAUGUGUACGCCUCCAUUGAGGAAACUCUGGUCUACACACACCUGCUGAGAAAGGGAAUGGAGAUCGGUGUCUACGGAGAGACCGACACGUACCGGCCCUCUGCCGGACACACAGACUCUCAAAAGCCGCUGGUCUCCAAUACCCCCAGUGCCGAUGGCACGGAAACCGGGGUUUAUCAGCCAUUCUUGUACCCAUCUAACCAUGGUCCUCCACUUCCCAACAGACCUCCGAGCCAACAGCUGGUGGACAAUGAGAUUUACCGGAGUGCGGACUUGAGAGAGGGGGAGCGCUCUCCGAGUCUGGGGCCAAGGCUGGAGCCGGAGGGAGAAAGCUGAGGAGGAGAUUGGAUUCUGCUUUUCGUUUUCAUUCUUGAACAUUUGACAUAUUCAUUCCCUGGCACCUGUGUGAUUACCUGCAGUUCAGCCCUGAAAGGAGCUCUGUUUUCUAAGCGUAGUUUUGCACCACAGCCAGGCACACCAAAUAACGCUGUUCAAACCGGCAGGCCGCUGUUACCUUUUAUUUUCAAUGAAGACACAUUUGUUUAGAAAGUAUCAAUCACCACCUUUUCCCCACUGUAAAAUGCUGUUUUCCUUUGAGGAGAUGAAUGUUAUCAUUUUUAGAUAUUGUACAUAUGUCGUUUUGUAAAUAUUAUGGAUGUUUGUACAGGGCUGCUCCUGUGUGCUGUUCACAUGCUUAGUUUUUAAAUUUUUAUCUGAAUAUCGAGGAGGACUCCACUGCUGCUGCUGCAAUAAAUUGCACUUUAUAGCAUCAUCUGAAGCUGACGGCCUGAUGAUGGCCUGUGUUGCAGGUGAUUGCAACAGCAGUGAAUGUGCACGGAGUCCUCUCUGUGUGUUUUUUAUCACAGCUACUCCGCCUGCUGCCGAGGCUUCUAGUAAUCACUACACUGUGCUAUGCUAUUACAGUUUAGGAUUUUAGAGUUGUGUUCACAGGAUUUAGUAAAAAAUGUUGCUUUUUUGUUUGACUACUCUCAAGGAAAUGUCAAGACUGAAGACAUGAUCCUUUUUCUUUUAGUUUUCUUCCUGUGCAUCAUGGUGACUGAGAAUCAGUAGAAUUUAAUUUUUCUGUGUCAAGGACCAUGGGCCCAUUCUGCUGGACUGCAGCGGCAUGGAAUAAAAAGCCUUGUACACUCAAGUGCUUCGUCAGUGUGUGUUUUGGCCGACCAAACUUUCCUAUUCAUUACAGGUA